AACGGGUCUGUCUGCAAACUUAAGGUGGAUAGGUCUUCUAUUAGCUAGUUUCUGUUAUUCAUACGCAUUUCGGCCUUUGGGAAAUAGCGCAGACUUAACAGACUUAAGUACGUUUAUGCUGGGAGAUUUCCGGGUAGUUUUUUUGGGAGUGAACUAUCUUGAUAUCGUAUCUUCUUUGGUCACGAGUUUUACCCACUGGUCACCUGACUUGUUGUGUUGCUGCUGCAGAAACAUGGCGGCCCACCUGUCCUACGGUCGCGUCAAUUUAAACAUUUUGAGAGAAGCAGCACGGAAAGAGCUUCGAGAGUUUUUGGACAAAUGUGCAGGAAGCAAGGCCAUAGUUUGGGAUGAAUAUCUGACGGGACCUUUUGGAUUGAUAGCUCAGUACUCCCUACUGAAGGAACAUGAAGUGGAGAAGAUGUUCACCCUCAAGAGCGGCCGGCUCCCCUCUGCUGACGUCAAAAACAUCAUCUUCUUUGUCCGUCCCCGACUGGAGCUCAUGGACAUCAUUGCUGAGAACGUAUUCAGCGAGGACAAGAUGCACUCGCCUCGAGACUUCCACAUCUUGUUCGUGCCGCGGCGGAGCAUGCUGUGUGAGCAGCGGCUGAAGGAGCAGGGCGUGCUGGCCUCUUUCAUCAACAUCGACGAGUACAUCCUGGACCUGAUUCCCUACGACGGAGACCUGCUCUCCAUGGAGUAUGAAAGCGCUUUCAGGGAGUGCUACUUAGAAAAUGACCAAACAAGCCUUUACCACACAGCCAAAGGCCUCAUGACCUUACAGGCGCUGUAUGGCACCAUUCCCCAGAUAUACGGCAAGGGAGACUGUGCCCGGCACGUUGCCAACAUGAUGCUGAGGAUGAAGCGGGAGUUUGCCGGCAGUCAGAACCAGAUCCUGCCCGUGUUCGACACUCUGCUGCUCCUGGACCGUAACGUGGACCUGCUCACCCCUCUGGCCACACAGCUCACCUACGAGGGCCUCAUCGACGAGAUCUACGGAAUCACUAACGGUUAUGUCAAGCUGCCUCCUGAGAAGUUUGCGCAGAAGAAGCAAGGUGAGGCGAGUAAAGAUUUACCCACAGAGCCCAAGAAGAUGCCGCUCAACUCCGCGGAGGAGCUGUACGCAGAAAUACGAGACAAGAACUUCAACGCUGUCGGAGCCGCUCUCAGCAAGAAGGCCAAAAUCAUUUCAGCAGCCUUUGAGGAGCGCCAUAACGCUAAGACGGUGGGAGAAAUCAAGCAGUUUGUGUCCCAGCUGCCCCACAUGCAGGCGGCUCGCAGCUCACUGGCCAACCACACGUCUAUCGCCGAACUCAUCAAGGACAUCACCACGUCUGAGGCCUUCUUCGAUAAUCUGACGGUGGAGCAGGAGUUUAUGACCGGAGUCGACACAGACAAGGUGAACACGUAUAUAGAAGACUGCGUGGCCCAGAAGGAUCCUCUGAUCAAGAUCCUUCGUCUGGUGAGCAUGCAGUCGGUCUGCAACAACGGUCUCAAGCAGAAGGUGCUCGACUACUACAAGAGAGAGAUCCUCCAGACGUACGGGUACGAACACAUCCUGACGCUCAACAACCUGGAGAAGGCCGGGCUCCUGAAGCUGCAGAGCAGCACCAGGAAUAACUACCCCACCAUCAGAAAGACUCUCAAACUGUGGAUGGAAGACGCCAACGAACAGAACCCGAACGACAUCUCGUACGUGUACAGCGGCUACGCCCCGCUGAGCGUGCGGCUGGCGCAGGUCUUGGCCCGGCCCGGCUGGCGGAGCAUCGAGGAGGUGCUGAAGAUGCUCCCGGGACCACACUUUGAGGAGAGGCAGCAGCUGCCUGCCGGGCUGCACAAGAAACGUCAGCAGGGGGAGAACCGGACAACGCUGGUGUUCUUCCUCGGCGGGGUGUCCUACGCAGAAAUAGCCGCUCUGCGUUUCCUCUCUCAGAUGGAAGACAGCGGGAUGGAGUACAUCAUAGCAACCACCAAACUGCUGAACGGUACCACCUGGAUCAAAUCCCUCAUGGACCGGCCCGAGUCCCAGAGCUCCUGAGUCACCUGCUCGCACAGCUGCACACAUCAGAGACUCAAUCUGAAGGCCCUCAGCUGCUGUCUGUCUGACCCUGGGGGUGUGUGUGUGUGUGUGUGUGUGUGUGUGUGUGUGUGU